AUGCAGAAGAAGAUUGAGAUAAGUAUUGGGUUAUUUGACCAGUUUAUAGGUGAUUGGCGAGUGUUUAUGGAGCGGGAGAAGGAAGAGUUUAUUAGGAAGUUAGGUACUGAAGGUUUAGAUGGAGUGAAAUGGGCUAGUUUUGGGGAAGAAAAGGCAAAAGAUACUUUAAGUCGUAACAAUGGUUGGGAAUUCAGUCCGGAUUCAGUCGAGAGUGAAGGAGUGAUUAGGACAAAGGAAGUAUCAUUUAAGUGUGAUAAUAGUGAAGAGAAGAAAGGUGUAUUAAAUAAGACUAGUAAGGCUAUUAGAGUAGGUAGAGUGAAGGCUAAAGUUAGUUUAAAUGAAGUUGGUUUGGGUGGUGUUGGUUUGGGUGGUGUAAGUAGUGUUAGUACUGGUUUGGGUGAAGUAAGUGGUGGUACUAGUAAUGUUGGUUUGGGUGGUAGUGAAGUAGGUAGUGGUAAAGUAAGUGGUACUAGUAAUGUUAGUACUGGUUUAAGUGGUGUAAGUGUAAGUGGUAAUGUUAGUAAUGAAGUAAGUAAAGUAGGUGGUAGGAAGGACAAGGAAGAAGGAGAAGAGGAGAAGAAGCGGGUUAAGGUAGAUAAGAAGUUAGUAGAUAAGAAGUUAGUAGAUAAGGAGUUAGUAGGUAGUGAGAAGAAGGUAAAGGAAGCUAGAGAAGUGAAACUGCUGAAGGAAGAAGUAAAGGAGAAGAUAAUGAAAGAGAAAGAGAAGAAGAAGAAAGAGAAGGAUACUCAGAAUCAGAAUCAGAAGAUAGCAAAAGAGAAACAAAGACAAGCUGAGAAAGAAAGGAAGCAAUUGGAUAGAGAAAGAUUAGAUAGAGAAAAGAAGAAGAUAGUAGUGGAAGAGAAAGAGAAAGAGAAAGAUAAAGUUGAGAAUGCAAAGCCAAUCUCUUUAGUAGCAGCUUUUGAAGCUCAGUUGCGGAAUUAUCAGAUGCAGAUAAAUGGUGAAACUAGUUUGAUUGUGAGUUCUAAUAAGUCUUUGAUCUUAGAACCAAUUACUGAUAGUAACUUGCCUGGUAAUACACCAAUACAUCAAACAGAUACUCAAAUUAACCCCAUACUAACUACUACCUCAACUCAACUGGAUACACUACAGACUAAUACUGCCUUAAACUUAGUUACAACUGAGACACCAGUAAUACCUUUAUCUUUACCUUUACCAGAACCUACUCCUACUCUUAGCCACCUCUCUAACCCAAACCCUCUUCAGACUAUUAAUAUGACCCAAACUUUGAGUAGUGCCCAAACACUUAGUAAUUCUUCCUCUUCGGCUACUGAGCCUCCUUUAGUUACGCCGCAGAAGUCACUUGUUAGACCGGAUACUAAAGAAUCAACUACAACUCAACGGAAUGAAAAAGACUCUACCGGUACAGUCCAUGAACUGGAUAAAACAAGUAAGAGUAGCCAUCUAUCCGUCUGCCAGCCCAUUGAAGAGAGUAAACUUGAAUCAGAUACACGUACUCAGCGUAGCUUUGAAAGAAUACUUCCACCUAAGGAAGAUCUAGAUAAAGUUAUGCACCGACUUGCUCCGUAUCUAGAAGAGGCGACUGAACCAUCUCCUACUCCUACUAUUCAAACUAGGCCACCAACUAAACCUACUGCUGCUCCCCUAAUUAACUCCAUUCCCAAGCAGAACCCAACUAUACCGACCAGUACAAGUACAACUGCAACUAGUACAACUAGUACAACUACUAAUACAACUAAACCUAUUAACAAGAAGAUCGACCGGCCUAAUCAGUCCUUUGCUGGACUUAAACCGGCCGAACUAAAGGAGAAGAGUGCCGAGCUAAACCUUCUACUUAAAAGUCUUAAGGCCAAAGCCGCCCCAGUACAACCCAAUCCACCCCAGCCUAAACCAACUCCACUCAACUCAACUCAACCUAACGUAGCACCAACUCCGCCCAAUUUGAUUCUAACUCCUAUCAAACAAAGACCUAUUGAGCAUAAAGAAUUCUCACCAGUAAUGGAGUCAAGUGAUGAAGAAGGCCGUGAUCCUAAAUUCUCCAAGCAAAAGUGGGUUGACAGUCCUUCUCUGCCCAGAAGAAUCCUCUUACAAGACGAAAACCAAGCCACCAAGAUCUUCGGCCCUUCUGUACAUACAAAGGUCAAUCUCAAAGAAAUGUUCCAUGGUAUGACUAAUCUCCCACCUGACAGUCCCCAGCGAUUCCCCGGUCAUAAAUAA